AUGGCCUCCGAAAGCGGCGAUAGCAACAUGGAUAGAGAAAUGAUUCUGGCCGACUUUCAGGCUUGCACUGGAAUUGACAACAUUGCAGAGGCAAUCACUCUGUUAGAGCUUAAUAACUGGGAUUUAGUGGCAGCCAUAAAUGGAGUCAUACCACAGGAGAAUGGAAUCUUACAAAGUAACUUUUCCAGCGAGGCGAGCCAGGCCAGUAUGUACGGACCUCCAAGCCAAUCAGAAGCAGCCGAUGCAGCACCAGGAGGUGCAGUUCCCCCCACCUCCUCUUCGUCUUCAUCCUCCUCUCCUCCAUCAUCCUCGACUUCGGCAUUUUGCCCCAGCGUCUCCUCCUCUCGACACAUUGUAGAACGUCAGCCCCGCAUGCUCAACUUCAGGGUGGAGUACCGACAGCGCACUGUAGAGCUGGUACUGGAGGAAGGCAGUACAGUCGGUGAAAUCAAACAAAUCCUUGAGACAGAGCUUGCUGUUCCAGUGUCCAAAAUGCAGCUGAAGGGAUGGAAGAGUGGAGAUGUGUCUGACAGUACGGUGCUCAGAAGUUUACACCUGCCCAAAAACAACAGCCUGUAUGUCCUGACCCCAGACAUCGCCCCUACUGCCAGCACCAGCAAAAACAGUCUCCAAGAGUCAUUGAACCAGAACUUCCUGCUGAUCAUCAGCCACCGCGAGGCCCAGAGGGACUACAAUCUCAACUUCCCCGGCUCCAGAACCAUACAGGAGGUGAAGAGGAACAUUUCAGACUUGACAAACAUCCCAGUCCGGCAUCAACAGUGGGAAGGAUGGCCUGCGUCGGCAUCUGAUGACUCUAUGACGCUAGCUGUCUCUGGGAUCAGCUAUCCUUGCCAUCACCUUAGUGUUUGUCGAAGGUCUUCACCAGCCAAUUCCCAGGAGCCUACAGAAGAGUGUGCAGAUGUCCAUAUGGUCAGCGACAGCGAGGGGGAUGAUUUUGAGGAUGCGUCAGAGUUUGGUGUGGACGAUUCAGAGAUGUUCGGAAUGGGUUCCUCUACCUGUCGGAAAUCACCUAUGAUGCCAGAGAAUAGUGAGAACGAAGCUGAUGCCUUACUGCACUUUACUGCCGAAUUUUCUUCAAGGUAUGGGGAGACCCACCCGAUGUUCUACAUUGGGUCUUUGGAGGCAGCGUCUCAAGAAGCCUUCUAUGGCAAAGCCAGAGAUAGAAAGCUGCUGGCCAUCUACCUCCACAACGAUGACAGUGUCCUCAGCAACGUCUUCUGCUCCCAAAUGAUGUGUGCUGACUCCAUUGUCUCCUAUCUGAGCCAGAACUUCAUUACAUGGGCCUGGGAUGUCACUAAAGAAGCUAACAAAGCCAGGCUACUCACCAUGUGUACGAGGCACUUUGGCAGCGUGGUGACACAGACUAUACGGACAUACAAGACAGACCAGUUCCCCCUGCUUCUUAUAGUCAUGGGCAAACGCACAUCUAACGAAGUUCUAAAUGUUAUUCAAGGCAAUACGACAGUUGAUGAGCUGAUGAUGAGGUUAAUGGGAGCAAUGGAGAUCUUCACAGCACAACAACAAGAGGACAUCAAAGAUGAGGACGAGCGUGAGGCGAGAGAGACAGUGAAGAGAGAACAGGAUGAGGCCUACCGCCUGUCUUUAGAGGCUGACCGUAAAAAGAGAGAAGCCCAAGAGAGAGAAGAGGCCGAGCAGGUUCGCCUGGAACAGAUGAGAAAGGAGCAGGAGGAGGAGAAGGAGGCAAUCCGCUUGUCAUUGGAGCAGGCCCUACCGCCAGAGCCCGACGAGGAUUCAGCAGAGCAAAUCAGCAAACUGCGAAUCCGCACGCCAAGUGGAGAGUUUCUGGAAAGGCGUUUCCUGGGCAGCUGUAAGCUCCAGGUCCUGUUCGACUUUGUGGCCUCCAAGGGAUACCCCUUUGAAGAGUUCAAACUCCUCACCACCUUCCCUCGUAGAAAUAUCACCCAGUUGGAUCCAGGGUCAACUCUGCUGGAGGCCAAGUUGUUUCCACAGGAGACGCUUUUCCUGGAGGCUAAAGAAUAAGACCGCCUGAUGAACUGACUGAUGAACUGGCUGGACACACACUAGUCACCGAGCAUGGGCCCACACCAGUCUGGGCCUACAGUAUACACGAACACACACAGCACACACAUACAAAAACAUCCUCUCAGACGUACAUGAACACACUGGCAUGCACAUCCAGUGACCCACACACACACACACACAAGUGCAAGUAAGCUUCUCUGCCCUCGACCUGGUCGUGGCACAUGAAUGCCUGGUGUACACGUGUUGCACAGAGGAGCAAAGACAGUAUCACAAGCACACAGCCAAACAUUCACCUGCCCCAAACUCUCUCUCUCUCUCUCUCUCUCUCUCUUUCUGUCUUUCUUUCUUUCUUUCUUUCUUUCUUUCUCUCUCUCUCUCUCUCUCUCUCUCUCUCUCUCUCUCUCUCUCUCUCUCUCUCC